ACCUCCCAUUUGGAAACCAUACUCCAUACUUCACCUUUACUCCCUCUAGUCCUCUACAACAAAACCCUAACUCUCUCACUACGAGAUGCCUCCCACCGGAAGAGGCGGCCGGCGAAACCACCUCCGGCGAACCAAACCCAUUUUACCUUCUCACAAUUUAGUGGACCCCACCACCUCAGAACCCCCAAAACCCCACCUCACAGCAAGAACACUACCUCCAGAGCUCCUGCUACAAAUCCUCUACCGCACUGAAGUGAAGGCUCUGGUGAGAUUCAAGUGUGUUUCCAGGUCAUGGUAUGCUCUAAUCAACCACCCCAUGUUUGUCAAAAAGCAUCUCUCUGUUAGUACUAGUAACAAGAGCAAUAGUCAUGUUAUAGUCAAUGCUAAUAAUGCUGGUGGUUGUGGAAAGUCUAUCGUCUUGUUGCGUGUUGAUAAGGAGCCUGUUAGGUUGCUUGAUAUUGAUACUAGUGCUAAAGAUAGGGAUGGGUAUCCUAGGAAGAUUAAUUUUGUGGAUUUUUCGAAGAAGAUGCAUGUUGCGGGCUCGGUUAAUGGGGUUGUGUUGGUUAUGCAUAUUGAUGAGAUGAUGGGGAGGUUUGUUGCGUUGUGGAACCCGGGGAUUAACCAGUGGAAGGCUGUUAAGCUUGAUGAUUUAGGGGGUGAUGAUAUUGAGCGGUCGGCUUUUGGGUUGGGCUAUGAUGAGGGGAAUGAUGAUAUUAAGAUUGUUAGGGUUGUUACUAGGUCUAGUUGUAUGAAUGAGUUUAUUGCGGGUUUUAAGUGGGCUCGGGUUGAGAUUUACUCAGCAAAUCGGGGUUGUUGGAAAGGUGUUGAUCAUGAGGGUGAACUAUUGUUUUGGCCUCGUCAGUAUCAUUGCAACUUUAUUGUAAAAGGUGCUCCUUAUUUCGUUGGAAUGGAUGUCAUGCCGGAUAGUGCGGUAGCAUUUCAGCAUGAGAUUUUGGCACGAUUUGAUCCAUGUACUGGGUUUUAUAAGAAGGUCGAGUAUCCAGAACAUUUUAGGGAGAUGAGUACUUGGGUGCAACCUUUUGAAUAUCAGGACUCUGUUGCUGUAAUGGUUCAAUCUACUCCUGGAUUACUUGAUGAACCAAUGAUUGAUUUGUAUGUGUUGGAUGACGACACUGCCAGUUGGACGAAGAUGUACGCUAUUGGGCCUUUCCCUUAUAAAGAAUUUCAUUAUCCUCGACAGUCCUUUAAAACUGGUGAGAUAGUAAUUGAGGAGCAGUUACAUACUCGGGACUUGUACCUCUAUGAUCCUGAAGCUAGUUAUGUGAGCAGCCUCAUUGGAAUCGACAGUUUGAAACCACUUUGGAUGCAGUCUUACAGUCACACAGAGAGCCUAGUUUCUGUUAAAGGGAUGGAGUUGAUUGGGAGGGAAAACAAAAACAAGAAAAACAAACCCAAAAAGAUUAACAGGAUGGAAGUGUUGUCUAAGGAAUUUGAAUCAGUGUUGCAUGUUUGACAUGGGGCAGGAAGGAUUGAAGCCUUACCGGUCAUUUGGAAGGUGUGGGACUAAUGGAGGAUUUUAAUUAUGAUACUAUUAUCAAAUGUGUAGUUACUCUUAAGUUAUAUGUUUCUUCUGAAUCUGUAAAAGCUUUCUAGCAAAUCUCUUUGAAGGAGGGUAACCAUUUAUGCUUAUUAAACAGACGCUAAUUUUUGUGAUGCUAAUUGAAAUACCUAUGUUAAAC